AUGGCUCUCGUCGUCGUCGCCCUAGUGGGAGAUAUGCUCCCUCCGUGCGCUGCUGUGAACACACAAGCAGCAGGGCGGAGGCCGAACGCGAAGCAGUACAUCGUGCAUUUGAGGUCCGUGCCGUCCGUGCUGUCGUACCGGGGAGGAAUCAACGGGCUGAGGGCGACAGCGACUGUAGACGAUGAAGAGGAUGAGUAUGACGAGGAUGACGGGGAGGAUGGGGGUGAUAAUCCUGGUGGUGGUACUGGUGGCAAUGGUGGUGCUGGUGGCAUUGGGGGGAACGGCACAGCACCAGGGUCAGCAGCAGCACCAGCGCCAGCAGCAGCAGGAGUAACUCCAGCGCCCGCAGCAGCAGGAGCAGGAGCAGAAUCAAAUGAAGUAUCGGGGUUGGCAUCAGAAUCAGGAAAGGAGUCGUUCGAUGAGGAUAUUCUGUCCGCUGCAGUGGCUGCUGCCGAGGCAGCAGUGGAGAUUGGCGGAGUGAUGGGAGCAGCAGGGGGAGCAGAGGAAACAGGAAAAUCAGGAGUAGCAGGUGUGGCAGGGUUAGCAGCAACAGCAGCAGCAGCAGGUGGGAUAGGGGGGCGGCUAGGAAAAAAAGUGGGAAUUAGAGCAGUCGCGUUUAGAGAGGCAAGGAUGGACGAUCUGGCGAGGCGGGUGGGUGUGCGCCUGAGGAAUUUCCGAUCGCGGUCGGCUGGUUUGGGCCGGAGGCUGCUGGCUCGCGUUGCUGCUGCUGCCGUGGCCGCUGCUGCAGAAGAAGCAGCAGGAACUGAUGCUGUCGCUGAUGUUGAUAGUGGUGAUGAUGCAGCUUUGGGUGACUUUGAAUUCCCUUUCACCAAUUCUUCACUUCCGGCGCACAAUGCUGCUGCUGCUGCUGCUGCUUCUGCCAUCGGAACCAUUCGUGGCGUGAGUUCAGCGUCAGCGUCCACGUCAGCAACAGCAGGAGCCACGUCACCCGUGCUGACAGCGCAGCAGCUGAGCGUGAGAGCGGCGCACAUCAUGCGCACCACGCCGUGGGGCCGCCUCAUGCGACCCGACGUGCGGUUACCGCACGUGCAGGCCUUCACGCGCUUCCUGGAAUCUUCCCACCGCAGUCUGCUGAGAUCACUCAACAUUCCAGUCUCGUCCAUUUUCCACAGUUACUCGUACCUGAUGAACAGCUUUGCAGCUCAAUUGACCCCAGCGGAAGCGAAGAGGCUGCGUUUCCACCCUGCAGUGGCUGACGUGGAGCCAGAUAGGAGAGUGCGCAUGACCACCGUGAACUCUCCCGAGUUUCUAAAGAUGGACACGAGUCUCUGGCCGGCUGCGGGCGGGCAGAGCAGUGCGGGGGAGGGCAUGAUCAUCGGAGUGAUCGACUCGGGCAUCUGGCCCGAGCACCCUUCUUUCGCUGACCCGGACCCCAACGGGGCUGCGUAUUCAGCCAAGCCCACGCGGUGGCGAGGCGUGUGCACCAAGACCGCAGAUUUCCAAUCGUGCAACAACAAGCUGAUCGGCGCGCGCUACUUUUUGAAGGGCGCGGAGUAUACGUUUGGCAAGCUGGACGAAACCGAAGAGUUCCGGUCAGCACGGGAUAAAGUGCAGCACGGCACGUGGUGUGCGGGAGCGGCAGCGGGCAACGCAGGGGUAACCGUCACCACGGGGGGUCGAAGCUACGGCACAGCGUCAGGCAUGGCGCCGCGGGCACGACUGUCCGUGUACAAGGCGCUGUGGACCAUAGGGGGGUAUGAGGGCACGGGUGCAUCAUCGGAUCUCAUAGGCGCUGCUGAGAAGGCCGUUGCAGACGGCGUGGAUGUGAUCUCGUGCUCCUUUGGCGGCCUUGCCAUGUACUUCCAAGACCUGCCGUAUCUCCGUGGACUGAAGGCAGGGGUAGUGACAGCCUUUGCAGCGGGCAAUGAGGGGAAACCCAACCCCAGCAGCAUCUGGGGCACCCUCGGGAACGUCUCGCCGUUCUAUCUCACCGUGGGAGCGAGCACGAUAGGGCGAGAGUACAGGGCAGUGCUGACCCUAGGGGAUGCCACCACCUUCAAUGGGCGCAGCCUGGGCGGAACCUCUGCCACAGGCUCAGCUCUGCCUCUCAUUCUGGCUGAAUCAGCUCUCACGUCAGGAGGGGAUCGAGCCAAGGCGCGGCAGUGUUACAGUGGGCACAUCAGCAGGACCGCGGUUUCUGGGAAGUUUCUCGUGUGCUCUAUCCUGACACGCAAGAUGGGACUGCUGCUGGCAGACGCAGAUCUCCUGGGGGCGGCUGCUAUCCUCGUUAUAAGCGGGACGCCCAAGCAGGACAUGCAGCAUCGCAUGCCCUACACCAGAAUCCCCAGCAUCUUCAUACAUUACUCGCGCGGCAGAACGAUCAAGAGCUAUGUUCAGACGGAUAGCAGCCCCACAGCGACUCUAUCCGCCUACACCGAGUCUCAAUCCACCAACGCCCCCCAAGUCGCCUUCUUCUCGUCCACCGGACCGCCCCGCAGCGCGCGCUACCCGCCCGCGCUCCUAAUCCGCGACUUCCCUACUAAUGACAUCCUUAAACCCGACGUCAUGGGCCCAGGGUUCCAGCUAUGGGCCGCGGCGCCGGGCAAGGCCGUCGCGACCGCCGCGACGGACGCGCCAGAGUUUAACUACUGGUCGGGAACAUCCAUGUCCACGCCGCAUUUGGCGGGGAUCAUGGCGCUGAUCGUGCAGGAAAAACCUAACUGGUCGCCCGCGCAGGUGAUAUCCGCAAUCACGACGACGGCGUAUACGAAGAAUAAAAACGGGCAGCCGAUUCAGCGGGCGGAUGGGUCGAAGGCGAACGCGUGGGACUACGGAGGCGGGCAUGUGGAUCCCACGCGCGUGCUCGAUCCCGGGCUCACGUUUCACAGCGCGCAGAAGCAGUUCGUGAAUUUUCUUAUGGGGAGGGACCCGCUCCGAGCGAAGAAGCGGUUUUGGCGAAUGGGGAAGGCUCGGCCGAUUUUCCCCUGGAGCAUCAAUCGGCCUUCGAUCGCGACCAACAUGGGCACUCAGUACCUGUUAAGCUGGUGGUUAGCUCUCCUGUUUGGCCUUAAAAAGAAACGCAUCCCAUUGGAUUGCAUUAAUUUUAUAAACUAA